UUUCAGACAUGUCUGGCGAACAUUUGGAAGGACAAGAAGGCAAGCUCGAUUUAUUUAAAAGAGUGAAGGCAUCUGUUGAACAAAAGAAUUCAGAUUUGGUGACCGAAAUCUGCAAGCACUGUUCAGAAACUGAAGCUUUGUCAUUUCUAGAGUUAUUUGACAAUGCGGUCGUUGAUGAAAUGGAAACGAUGGUAUUCGCCCUCUUUGCAAUAGUAAAAAGAGCCUUACCAGAUAUUAAUGAUAGAGUUGAAAAAAUUGUUCACCGUUUCAUGUGUUAUGGUCAGAGUCGGUUUGUUCGAAAAGCUGCAUUGUCUGCUUUACAUGAAUUGAAGACGAACGCUGUUUGGAAAGAUUAUUUCAUCGUAAUGGAUGUUCUGGAGGAACCACAGUUUCAUUUGGUAGAACCAGUUCUUCCCAUUUUCGACCGUAUACUUUGCAUGUGUAAAGCUACCAUGGAAUGUGAUGGAUGCUUGCCCUGGUUCUGGGUACAGCUGUUGUUUGUGAGAACUCUAAAUCAUCCAAAUGGUUGGAUACGAGUUUGGGCAGUUCAGAAAAUAUUUUCUAUCGAUGCAGCAUUGCUGAAAACGGAUUAUUCAAUCAUUUUAUCAAGCGUAUUGGCUGCUCUUAGUAACAGCGACAUUUAUUGGCGCCUUUAUGAGGAUGCAAAACUGAACAUUUUCAUCAAAGGUUUUGGAUCGUUCCUGGAACAUAUUGCAUCUGCUGGUUCGAGAGAUGACGAGAUGAUUGGCACUGUUAUAGUGCAACAUCGACUGAUACAAUCUAUAGAGCGAAAUGUCGGUAGCACAUGUUUCGUGUUUUUCAGAGUUAUCUGUUUUUGUCCGCGUGAGAUUUCAGAAAUUAAGUACUGCAUACCAGCACCGAUAUACAGCGAUUGUUCGGCAUUGUGCAGACCAGUACUGAAUGCAGUUCUUCGUAUGCCAUGUUUUCCACUUCGAAUUUGUACUACAGCAAAUUUCCUGAAAUUUUUCUUCAAAUUGACAGAAAGGAACUGGCAUGAAGCGCAUUGUUUCGCAUCGUUAUUGUCAGAACUACCAGAAAAUAAGUACGGAUUUUUGUUGGAAGAAUUUUUUUACAAUACAACUUUUACUGAAACAUUUGCCGAUGAUAUGUUGGAAAAACUAGAGGGAUUGCAACGCUCAUAUGUGUCAUACUGCUUUGAAAGAAACAGUUGGCUUACUCAUGCAGUUUAUACGUGGAAAAUAGCAUUAGACCAUGGUCAGGCGUACAAAGUAGCCAUGGAAGUUUUGUGCUCAUUGUUAGCAGUUGACUCAUAUUAUUCCGUUCGUGACUUUAAAGUAGUGGAUAUCAUCUUGCAGCUUUAUACUGUAAUAUCGGAUGACAAACUGUUCGAGAGAGAAGAAUCUCAGUAUUUCAGAUAUGCUCUUAUCGCAUAUUUAGAUACACGUCUUUUCACUGACAUGAAUGAGGUCUUCGAUCCCUUACUUUUCAAUGCCUUGCAUAAAAAGCUGCUUGAAAUGCUCGACGAUGUGAAUUUUGAACAUUGGCUGCUGCGUUCGAUGCUACUUUGUAAUAAGACCACUUUACUAUCCAGGCGUGCAGCGUUAUCUUCAGUUGCAGUAGCUGUGAUCUCGAAGUAUCAUGAUAUAUCUCGGACGGCAUGGAAUGCUGUACUCAAUUUUUUGUUAGCGGAAGAAAAUGAUUCUAAAGCAAGCAGUGCUACAAGUAGAAUGGCUGUGUUUGGGGAAACGAUCGCACAAAAUAAAUCUGUGCUAUGGCAAUUUUUUAUAGCUGAUCACUCUUUCGACUCUGUAUCCAUAUUCAAAUUCUGCAUAAACUCAUUGAAGAUAUUCUUCAGUUGGGAUUGCCGUCGUGCUUUUCUGGAUUUGUUGCUGGCUGUGUUGAAAAAAGCUCCAACCAGCUCGAUGAUUGACGAGAGUAUUGAAACGGUAUUGGCAGUUGCUGCUGAGGAAAAGAAGACACUUAACUAUAUUUCUGUGAUCAGUGAUGUUUUGACAAUCUGUACAUUGGAAUGCGCAUUGCAUACGCAGAAAGUUGCCAAAAUUGCACUAAAAGCUGUUGAGAAAUUAUACGCAGAAAGCGAACAGAACGUACAGAUUGCAGUAAUCCUGGCAGACGCAUUGUAUCAGGCUAGAAAAUUGCUCUGCACCACUUGGUUCUCACUUCUAAUUAAAAUGUGUGCUUUCGGACCAGUUUGUAAGAAAGACACGCUAGUGCUCAAUUUAGCUGUUCAAAUGGCUUAUACGAUGACGAAUUCACUGCCGACUUCCAAUUAUGAAAAAUUGCAUGAAUGUGCUCAGUAUUCCCGACUUCGUGCUUUGCAAACGGUUUCUUGGAUUUGUAAAAACCGCUGUGGUUCCACAGACAAAUUUAUUCAGGAAACUUUUCUCAUGAUGAAAAUCCUUGACACUAUGAAGAAUAAAUCUUUUGGAUUGUCCUUAGCUCAUCGGCAGAAAACACGCCUAUUACAGUUACUCUUGCUUAUCUAUGGUUUCGCAAGUGAGGAAAUCUUGGAAAAACUAGAAUUGUUUUGCAUAGAAUGCUUGAAAGAUCCUUCGCAGCAACCAUCAGUUAGGCUUGUCGUGAGCUGGAUACUCGUUAGACUGUAUUGCAACAAUGAAGUUGCAUUUCAGAAAUUCAUUGGCAUUGAGAAAGAACUUGCGGCUGCAAGAAUCGGAAGUAUUGGUUCAUGGAUCGUAAUAUUAAUGCAUGUUACGAAGAUCAGCCGGACAGACGUUGCAUUUAUUCGAUGCUUUACAUUAUUACAUCCAUGGUGUACUGCACAAAAUUUUACCGUUCGCUGUACUUCAUUGGCAGCCCUCAGAUUGCUUUGGAAUAUUGCUGGAAAUAAAUUGCGUAAUCAGUUUGAUUAUUUACGCUGUAUUAUCGAAUUUGAUAUGGAAAAAGCAGGAAACACAAAACGCAUAAUUGAUAAUUUAUGCAACGAUUUCUAUUUUGCUUAUUUGGAUGAGAAUGCUGAUUAUUCUCUGGAGACAGUUUUAACAAUUCUUCCGGAAAAAGUGGGACUCACAGCACAGGACGUCAUAACAGCUAAUCUUCUAGAAAACAUCUCCACCGAAGACUUUGCUUGUACACGUCGUAAUUCGAACAAUUUGAGUCAAUAUUCGUCCUUCAUUUUUGGUCAAACUCAGCUACAGAGACAGCAGCAGAUUCAAGAACCAGACAGUAUUUCGGAUACAUCAGUCAUUCAGCGGAAGUUUAACACGGUCAAUGUAAAUCGUACUUGCCUCGAAAGUGUAUCACUCAUUGUGGUUGCCUCUCUUUUGGACAAAGCCGCAAAUUUAGGAGGUAUUUGUCGUACGUGUGAAGUGUUAGGAGUCGAAAAGUUGAUUGUCGCAGAUCUUUCAAAAAUAAAGGAUCGCAAUUUCAUGGCGCUUAGCAUGUCAUCAGAGAACUGGAUGAAUUUGGAACAGUCACGUCCGGAAGAGUUGUCGAACCUUUUAUUAUCCUUCCGUGACUCUGGCUAUGUAAUUAUUGGUGCUGAGCAAACUACAAAUAGUACACCACUGCAUAAAAUUCGUUUGCCGUCAAAAAUGGUUCUGUUACUUGGGAACGAAAAAGGAGGAAUACCUAUGGAUUUGCUAGGCUAUCUCGACAAAACUGUUGAAGUUGUACAAAUUGGCCACACUAGAAGCUUAAAUGUGCAUGUCACCGGGGCUCUGUUCAUUUAUCGUUUUUUCGAAGAGUUCAUUGCUACGAAAACAUAAAAUUGAGAUUUGUGUUUUAGUCUUCCAAUUGUUGAAAUUUCGAAUCGUUUCCCCUAUGUUUUUCUGUGUCGAUAGAAUUUAAUCAAUCCAGGAAGCUUGUUUAAACUUCCAUUCUUGUAUCCAGUUGUACUGUCCCCCUUACUGUCGUAUUCAGUUGUGCUUUCCAUAGCCUGUAUGUCAGGUUAAUUCUUCUCCGCCUCCUCAUUCUCUGUUACCAUUGCCGUUUUAAUUAUAUAACUGCAUCAAGUUGAAUGUUCUUGUUUAUUGUUUUUCCGUUGUAUUUUUUGGCUGGUUGUUUUAUUGCAGAACGUUUUAACACUCA